AUGUUUUCUUCAUCCGAGUGCAUCACCUGGUUUGCUGUAUUCCUUACCAUGUCUGUUGCUAUAGUAACAGUGAACCUUAUAUCAAUCAUUCUUUUUAUAAAAACCCGGAGUCUUCGCACUCGUGCCAUGUACCUAGUUAUAAGCCUGACCAUAGCUGAUAUGUUUGUCGGAGGAUUUUCUCACUUUUUUCUAUUUCAACGCCUCUCACUAUCAUGCGACAUUGUGAAAAUUAACUUAAGCCAGGAACUGAAUGUGAUAAUUAACUUUCUCUUCCCCUGGUUUCCUCUGACCUCUCUAACAAACAUUGCAGUCAUUUCAUUAGAUCGGAUGCAUGCAACAAUUCGUCCCUUCAGGCAUCGCCUCAUCAAAAACUGGAUAUACGGGGUAACAAUUGCUGGUGUCUGGGUUUUAGCUACAAUGGUAUCAACUGUCAGUUUAAUACUUAAGCUAUAUGGGAAGGAAUAUUCGUAUCAUUUUUACUUCUGGCAAUCAUACUGUUGUUUGUGUCUAUUUGUUAUCUGUUUUUCUUACUCUUUCAUUGUUGUUAAAUUUUUGUGUGGAGCGCAUCCCCAGCACCAUGGUGCAGCCAACAGACAAAGGAAACUGACCGUAACAUUAUUCAUAAUGACUAUCGUAUCCUUACUGAUGUGGCUACCACAUGCGGUUUUUACUUUUCUUUAUCAAACUGGUAUCAUAAAAUUCCUUUCUUCCCAGGAAUCAUUACGUUUGGAUUUUUCUUUAAAGAUUCUAUAUUUUAUGAACUCGCUUGUUAAUCCCAUCGUUUACACAAUAAGAAUUCCAGAGUUCAGGAAAGCUCUCCUGCUGUUAUUUAAACGUCAACGAAGACAAAAUGCCCAAGUUAUUCCUCUUCAUGCGCUUUAA